UCAUGCUGCUGCCAGGUCCAGAGUGUGUCAUGGGUCCCUGUACGGCCUCCCAUUGCUGCUGUCUCCAUCGCCACACUCUGCCAUGUGCCACUUUCAGGUCUCCUCACACUGCUGGUGGGUUCCAUUUUGUCAUAGGGUGCUGGUGCUGUACGGGCCUCCCAUUGCUGCUGCCAGGCCCGUAAUCUGCCACGGGCCCCCGUUACCGACUCCUCAUGCUGCUGCCAGGGCCCAGUGUGUCAUGGGUCCCUGUACGGCCUCCCAUUGCUGCUGUCUCCAUCGCCACACUCUGCCAAUGUGCCACUUUCAGGUCUCCUCACACUGCUGUUGGGUUCCAUUUUGU